UUGUAUGAGACCAGUUUUUCGCCCGGUAAAGCCAAACCAUGAUAAAUUGGCCCAAUCCAAGUCCUCCAAAAUCCUCAAACCUUAUCCUUUCCGGACGCUCAAAAAAUCAAUCUCCAGCAAAUCCGCCAUUUCAAUGGCGUCCACAGCACCAUCUCUCUCCUUCCUCACACCUCACAUCUCCGCGAUUCCCACAUCAAACCCCAUUCCCACUCGUUUUGCGUUUCCCAUUUCGCCCCUCAAGCCCUCGAAAAUCACCCUCCCUGCUGCGCUGCACCACGCAGCCAAGCCGCUCUCCUAUGAAAUCGAAGCCGCAUCGGAUCGCCUGAAUCCGGUGAAGACGGAUGUAGAAGAAGAAGAAGAAGUUGAAGCGGAGGACGACGGAUUCUACGAGAUCGAACACGGCGGGAUCUGUGCGGUUCCGAAGAAGAGACGGUCCCGAUCUAAGUCACGAAUCCGGAGAAAUAUCUGGAAAGGGAAAGCUCGGAUUGCCGCCGCGAAGGCUUACUCGCUGGCCAAAUCAAUUGCUACUGGGAAUUCGAAGAGUUUUCUGGUCAUCAGCAAAUCGUCAUCUUCUUCAUCAUCAUCAGAGUCUUAGUUCUGUAUGUAUCUCUCUAUCUCUAUCUCUCAUUUCCUCUUAAUGUGAUUGUUGUAGUCCUAGAAUUGAAUUGAAUUCCGAAAUUCUCUCUUGAUGCUGUUUUGCUUGCAAUUGCCUAUUACGGAGUAUCUUUUAUUUUCAUCCAAGUAUGUUGAAAACAAAUCAAAGGCUAAAAAGACUAAUAUAUGUGAGUUACCCUUAGUUUUGGAACAAAAUCUCAUAGUUCUCUUUGGUAUUAGUGCAUUAAGUCAUGAAAUACCUGAUAUUGAAGACAUAAAGCCCCCAAAUGGAACCCCAAAGGCUAAAAAAAGGUUCAUAUAUAAGAAAUUCCUAAUGGACUAUCUUUAGAAAUUCCUUGUAAAUCGCACCCCCUUGCUUCUCGAGCGAGCAACAAGUCAAUCUCUGACCAAAGAGAUUCUACCCAAUCCAGUAUUAUUUGAAUAGUACAAGCCAAAUGCAGUCCGACUCAAGAUAUAAAUUGGAUAAAUUAUU